AUGCCAACACUUUCAGAAAACAGAAAAAUGACUGCUCUGCAGCUCCUAUCCAGCAAGAAGCAUCAUUUUUUGUCCUUGCGACCUUGCAAUCUUGCAAACUGCACGCGAGGAGAAAUCAGGAAUUACUUUGAGAACAGUUAUGACUUAGAUGAAGGCAUCUUCUCAGCUAUAACAGAUGAGCAGUACUUUUACAAAUGUCCUGACAGACUUCGUUUACCAUUAAUUUUCUAUUUUGCACACACUUCCACACUCUAUGUGAACAAGCUAUUACUCUCUGGACUUAUCAAGGAAAGAGUCAAUCGACAUUUUGAGACACUUUUUGAAACUGGCGUGGAUGAAAUGUCUUGGGAUGACACUGAGAAUUACAGAAUGGGUGGUACUUAUAAAUGGCCACGCCUUCAAGAGGUUAUGGAGUACCGACAGACAGUACGAGAUAUGGUGAUCCAUGUAAUUGAAACAGCCCCUUUAAAGUUACCAAUAAUCAAGAACAUCCCUGGGUAAGAUAAUUGAUAAGAUUAUCAAUUUAUUGAAUUACUUGUUAUAGUGGAGUCUGUUCAUGGCAAUGAACAUCAACGUAUUCAUUUGGAGACAUCUUCAGUUCUCAUACGACAAUUACCAGUUCAAUUUCUCAAAACACCUGUUAACUGGAAGUAUGCUCCAUUGACUGCAGACACUCCUGUUGGUCCUAAUGAGUUCAUACAAGUUCCUGAAGGUGAUGUUACCCUUGGAAAACCUAAUGAUUUCCCAACAUAUGGCUGGGACAAUGAGUAUGGAACCAGAACAAUGAAGGUCCCAGCAUUUGAAGCCACAAAGUAUUUAACUACUAAUAGAGAGUUUCGAGAAUUUGUUGCUGCAGGUGGAUACCAACGUAGGGAGUUAUGGACUGAUGAAGGUUGGCAAUGGGUACAAUAUCGUCAUGCAAAACAUCCUAUAUUCUGGGUCUGUCAUGAAGGAUGUAAGAGUAAUUGUGGUAGUGUAUCCAGCUAUUCACACUGUAAUCUUCCUUAUACUAAUGAAACAUCAGCUGAUUAUUACAGAUACCGUGCAAUGUAUGAUGUCAUUGAUAUGCCAUGGGAGUGGCCUGUAGAUGUUAAUUAUCACGAAGCUAAGGCAUAUUGUCAAUGGAAAGGACCUGAGUUUAGAUUACCAACUGAAGCUGAACAUCAUCGCAUGGCAGGGGAACAACCUCCUAGUUCAAAAUUUGACAAUGAUCCUAUUUGUGUGGACAAUAAUGAUUUUAAUAUUAAUUUUCAAUAUGGAUCUUCCACACCAGUAAACUUUUUCCCUCCUAAUUCAUUGGGAUUUUAUGAUGUUUACGGCAAUGUUUGGAAGUGGAUGGAAGAUCAUUUUAAUGGUCUACCAGGAUUUAAGACUCACUAUUUAUAUGAUGACUUUUCAUCACCUUGUUUUGAUGGUAGACACACUAUGAUGCAAGGUGGGUCCUGGAUUUCAACGGGUGAUGAAGCUUCACGUUUUGCUCGUUUUGCAUUUCGACGACACUUCUAUCAACAUAUGGGUUUUCGUGUGGUCCGAUCUCUGACUUCUGAAACAACACCAGUUAAAUUAUCCAAUCCUAUCACAGUACCUGGAGUCAUUCCUAAAGAAUGUUAUGAACCAUCUACAAACAAUCAGUUUAGAUAUGACGAACAACAGACGUGUGAAAAACUGAUUACCCUAUCUAUGGGAAAAGGGAUGGAAAUGAAUCCUAUGGUAUCACCAGACCAUCAAAUGGACUCAAUGGGAGGCUACGGAAUGGGUGGUCCCCCAGGAAUGACUCCACCCACAUCUAAUUUGACACCCAAUCCAAUGAUGACCCAAGGAUAUGUCGGGACCCAACCCCAUUUGCGUGCUGAGAUUCUUUCUCAUGCUCGGAGAUCAACUACGCUUGAAACUGCUCUGAAUUUGAAGGCUUAUAAGAGACCUAAGAGGCAGUCCUUACGUGAAGCAAGAAUUACUGAGAAGUUGGAGAAACAACAAAAAUUGGAACAAGAAAGGAAAAGGAGACAAAACAUCAAGCUGAAGAUGAAGAAGGUUUAUCGUAAAUUAAUUGAUAAAGAAAAGGAUCGUCGAUUGGCGUAUCUCUUACAACAAACUGAUGAAUAUAUUGAGAGUUUAAUUGAAAUGGCUCAAACUGAGUCUGGUGACAAUGGUAGCAAGCGAGUCACUGUUAUUUUGAAACAGCUACAGGAUGAUGAUAGUGCUGUCAAAGAUGGUCAGAAGACAAAUGACCCAGAUGAUCCUAAAGCAAUCAUUGGCAAAAGCUAG